AUGACAAUCACCGACCUGGCAACAGCCCCCUCCCCAGCCCACACCGGGGCACAGGGAAUCCCAUACUUCACACCAGCCAACGACCCCGGCGCAGCACUCAACCCAACAGACAAAACCACACCAACACUCUUCCGGCCCCUCAAAAUCCGCGACAUCACACUAAAAAACCGAGUCAUUGUCUCGCCGAUGUGCAUGUACUCAUCCGCCUCAGACCCGGCAUCGCCCUACGUAGGCGCAUUCACAGACUACCACCUCGCGCACCUGGGCCACUUCGCGCUCAAAGGCGCCGGCCUGGUUUUCACAGAGGCACUAGCCGUCCAGCCCAACGGGCGGAUCUCGCCUAACGAUGCUGGCCUCUGGCAGGAGGGGACGCAGUCGGAGCAGUUCAAGGGUUUGAAGCGGGUUGCGGACUUUGUGCACUCGCAGGGCGGGAAGCUGGGUGUGCAGCUGGCGCAUUCGGGCCGCAAAGGGAGCACGGUGGCGCCGCCGUUGGCGGCGGCGAAGGGCCUGGCUAGUCUUAAGGCUGACGAGGGGGUGUUUGGGUGGCCGGGCGAGGUUGUUGGGCCGAGUGGUGGGGAGGAGCAUGUUUGGGCGCCUGGUGGUGUCUCGUAUUGGCCCCCGAGGGAGUUGAAGACUGAGGAGGUGGAGGAUAUUGUGAAGGCGUUUGCGAGGAGUGCGGAAUUGGCUGCGAAGGCGGGCGUGGAUGUGAUUGAGAUCCACGCGGCGCAUGGGUACUUGGUUCAUGAGUUUCUGAGCCCUGUGACGAACUACCGCACGGAUAAGUAUGGUGGUAGCUUUGAAAAUCGCACGAGGCUGCUUCGCGAGGUUGCCAGCGCUGUCAGGCAGGCUCUCCCGGCUGGCUUACCGCUGUUUUUGAGGAUCAGCGCGACGGAAUGGCUCGAGGGCCAGCCUAUUGCUGCUGAGCGAGGAUCUUGGGAUAUCAACUCUAGCAUUGAGCUGCUCAAGUAUCUUCCGGAGCUGGGCGUCGACCUUUUGGACGUGAGUUCGGGAGGAAACCACAAGGACCAACAGAUUAAGCUCUCCACCAAUUACCAGACGGAUCUAGCUGGGGUGCUGCGCAAAAAGAUCCAUUCUGCCGGAGGGAAGACGCUGGUUGGUGCUGUUGGGCUCAUUACCCAGGCGGAUGCCGCUUCGGAGAUUGUGAAGGGUGCUGAUGAAGAUGAGGCCCGGCUUGCAGAGUCCACGCUGGCUGGCGCCGAGCCAAAGGCCGAUGCGGUGUUUAUCGCGAAGCAGUUCUUACGCGAGCCCGAUUGGGCGAUACACGCUGCGAAGAAACUAGGUGUCGAGAUUCAGCUGCCUGUUCAGUUUGGCAGAGCGUUCUAG